AUGGCCACCGCGUCAAAGGGAAUCCGUUUCUCCAUCGACAGGGGCGGCACUUUUACCGACGUGCACGCGGCAAUCCCCGGCAAGGAAGACGUCAUCCUCAAGCUGCUCUCCGUCGACCCCGCCAACUACCAAGAUGCGCCCACCGAAGGCAUCCGCAAAUCCAUCCGCAUGGGCACCACCGUCGCCACAAACGCCCUUCUCGAGCGCAACGGCGAGCGCUUCGCCCUCCUCACCACCCGCGGAUUCCGCGACCUCCUCACCAUCGGAAAUCAGUCCCGCCCCGCCAUCUUCGACCUCGCCGUUAAGCCGGCCCGGGUUCUCUACGAAGAGGUUGUCGAAGUGGACGAGCGCGUGACCAUGGAGGACUAUACCGAGGAUCCCGAAGCCUUCCGCACCGUCCCGGACGCGGCGGACGAGACCCUCGUGACUACCGUCUCCGGAGAGGCGGUGCGCAUCCUCAAGAAGCCCGACUUGGACGAGGUCCGCCGCCAACUCGAGGCUCUGCACGCCAAGGGCUUUAGGAACAUUGCCGUCGUCUUCGUCCACUCCUAUGCGUACCCUGAGCAUGAGCGCCUCGUUGGCGAGCUGGCAGCCGACAUGGGGUUCACUUGCACCCUGUCUUCCGACGUCCACCCCAUGAUCAAUGUCGGUGGCUUCGCCUCCUCGUCUACGCGCAUCCAGUUUAUGCAGUCCGACGGUGGCCUUGUCGACUACCGAAAAUUCAGCGGCCUCAAGGCUAUCCUAUCGGGCCCCGCGGGCGGCGUCGUCGGCUACGCACAGACUUCGUGGGAUGACGAGGAGCGCCGCCCCAUCAUCGGGUUCGAUAUGGGAGGUACCUCUACCGACGUAUCCCGCUUCUCCGGCACCUAUGACCACGUCUUUGAGAGCGUAACGGCCGGCAUCCAGGUCCAGUCCCCUCAGCUAGAUAUCAAGACGGUCGCUGCUGGCGGCGGCUCCAUCCUUGCCUGGCGGAACGGCCUGUUCAAUGUCGGACCCGAAUCCGCUUCUGCUCACCCCGGCCCGGCUUGCUACCGCAAGGGAGGACCUUUGACCGUCACCGAUGCCAACCUCUUCCUUGGUAGGCUCGUUCCAGAGCAUUUCCCCAAGGUGUUUGGACCCAACGAAGAUGAGGCCCUCGGCGUCGACAUCACCCGCGAAAAGUUUACCGCCCUGACUGCCGAAAUCAACAAGUCGAGACUGGAGAGCGGCCUCUCCGAGAUCAAGCCGGAGGAGGUGGCCAUGGGCUUCCUCAACGUCGCCAACGAGAAGAUGGCCAGCUCUAUUAGGGGUCUCACCGAAUCCCGUGGUUAUUCUACCGAAGACCACCACCUCGCCAGCUUCGGCGGCGCUGGCGGCCAGCACGCUUGCGCCGUGGCUUCGGUGCUCGGUAUCUCGCGCGUCAUCAUCCACAAGUACUCGUCCAUCCUCUCCGCCUACGGCAUGUCACUAGCCGAUGUUGUUCACGAGGUGCAGGUCCCUGCCGCUACAAAAUACAGCCAGGAGACCCAAGAAGAGAUUCGCGGUCAGCUCCAGGAGUUCGCGUCGCAGGCCGGCGCCGAGCUCCAAAAGCAGGGUUUCUCUGCGGACCAGAUUUCGUGCGAGUACUACCUCAACUUGAGGUACAACGGAUCAAGUAGCGCCGUCAUGACGCUACAGCCCGAAGACGGCGAUUUCAAACGCGAGUUCGAACACACCCACAAGCGAAAGUUUGGUUUCCACUUUCCCGAAAAGGACAUCAUCGUCGAUGAUUUCAGGGUGAGGGCUAUCGGCGCCUCCGCCGCGGAGGCUCACCAGAGCCCCUUUGCCCAGAUCAAGUCUCUCGAGGGCGGAUCUCGUUCGUCUGCCCCCGCGCCGGGCGAUACCAACAUGACGUACUUUGAGGGCCACGGCACGGUCGAGACCCCGUUUGCGCCGGGCUCGGUCGCGAGGAUCCUCGAGAGCUUCGUCGUCAUCGACAAGACAGACGAAGACGCGCCGACUUCCAAGGAGGACAACGACCAGGCCGAGUUCAGCGCUAUCCAGCUCACCGUCUUUGGCCACCGGUUCAUGUCCAUCGCCGAGCAGAUGGGUCGCACGCUCCAGCGCACCGCGGUCAGCACCAACAUCAAGGAGAGGCUCGAUUUCUCCAUGAGCUUCGCCGUCAAGUAUCAGUCGGAAUUCUGGGAAGGCCGGCUUCGCGACGGCGAUGUUCUCGUCUCCAACCACCCGACCUGCGGCGGAACGCAUCUUCCCGACAUCACCGUGAUUACGCCCGUCUUCGAUGGCGACGACAUCGUCUUCUACGUGGCCUCUCGCGGUCACCAUGCCGACAUUGGCGGCAUUCUUCCGGGGUCCAUGCCACCCACGUCCACUAGGCUAUGGCAGGAAGGGGCGUCGAUCGAGUCGACGAAGCUGGUAAGCGAAGGUCGCUUCGACGAAGAAGAGCUCCGCCGUCUGCUGCUGGAUGAGCCCGCCAAGUACCCCGGGUGCUCUGGCACGCGCAGGUUGCAGGACAACGUGUCCGAUCUCAAGGCCCAGAUCGCGGCCAACGCGCAGGGCAUCUCGCUUAUCAAAUCGCUCAUCACCGAGUUUGGUCUCGCUACCGUCCAUCGGUACAUGAUUGGGAUCCAAAACUGCGCGCGCGACUCCGUCGUUACUCUGCUCAAGUCGUUCCGAUCCGAGUAUGGCGAGGAACCCCUCAAGGCGGUCGACUACAUGGACGACGGCACUCCGAUUUCCCUCGCCAUCUCGAUCUCGGAGGAUGGCCAGGCGACAUUUGACUUUACGGGCACGGGACCGCAGGUGCAUGGCAACACCAACGCGCCGCCAGCCAUCACCUACUCAGCCAUCAUUUACAGUUUGCGCUUGCUCGUUUCGUCCGAGAUCCCGCUCAACCAGGGGUGCCUCGAGCCCAUCGAUGUGGUACUACCCAAGGGCACGAUCCUCAACCCGGACGCUGGUCUGGCGGUGGUGGGCGGAAACGUGCUCACUUCGCAGCGCGUGACGGAUGUGAUUCUCAAGGCGUUCCGGGCGGCGGCAGCGAGCCAAGGAUGCUGCAACAACCUUACAUUCGGGACGGGUGGUUCGGACCCCGUCACGCGGGAGCACAAGGACGGGUUUGGCUACUACGAGACCAUUGCGGGUGGGGCGGGCGCGGGGCCGACAUGGCACGGUCGCAGCGGUGUGCACACGCACAUGACUAACACGCGCAUCACGGAUCCCGAGGUGCUGGAGAAGCGGUACCCAUGCGUGCUCCGGCGGUUCGAGCUCCGGGAGGGAUCGGGAGGCGUUGGAGCCAACCCGGGAGGCAACGGGGUGAUUCGGGAUAUCGAGUUCCGGGUGCCGGUGCAGUGCUCCAUCCUCAGCGAGCGCAGGAGCCGACGGCCAUACGGGAUGGAAGGUGGUGGGGACGGCGAGGCUGGGCUGAACCUCGUCGUGACCAAGGACGAGACGACAGGGGCGGACAUGGUUCUCAAUCUGGGGGCCAAGGCGACCACGAUGUUGCAGCCGGGGAGAGGAUCAUCAUUCACACACCCGCUGAAGCAGGGGGAGUGA